AUGACGGAGGAUUGUAUUAAGUACGCUCAAAGAUGUGAAGCAUGUCAGCGACAUGGUCCUUCGAUCCGAAUUCCGGCGGAAGAAAUGCACGCAGUGCUGAAACCAUGGCCAUUCCGGGGAUGGGCGGUGGAUAUCAUCGGGAAGAUCCACCCGCCAUCUUCCAGACGCCAGUCGUUCAUAUUGUUGGCCACGGAUUAUUUCACAAAUUGGAUAGAAGCUGUGCCGUUGGCUAAUGUGACAUAUCAGGAGACGAUCACCGCCGAUCAAUGUACUGUUUUUACUAGUGAUAGAGUGGCCGCCUUCGACGCACAGUAUGGGAUCGCUCUUUUGCAUUCGUCCCUGUAUUAUGCGCAGGCAAAUGGGCAGGCCGAAGCAGCCAACAAAGUCUUAAUUGGGGUAAUCAAAAAAGCCGUAGAAGAUAACCCGAGAAGAUGGCACGAAGUGUUAGGGGAGGCCUUAUGGGCUUGCAGGAAAUAA